AUUGAUUUAAUACCCAGACAUGCUUGCAGUGAGUCUGUCCAGCCUGCAUGGAGAGCGUUAAGAAGCCGCACAUUCCUGGGGAAGCAGCAGUUCUGCUUCUUGAAGGGCAGAUUGGGAAUGGAAACCCACCAUGGCAUGGGGACAGCUGGACAAGCCGUGCGUGUCCUGUGGAGGCAUCAGGGAGCCCCAGAUGGGGAGGAGUUGGGGGGCCAUGAGCCCGGGAAAGGAAGUCCACAGGCAAUCCCAGGGCUGAGUCCACAUUCCCCUGGAAGCUUCUGCGUAUUCCAGGGGUGGCAGCAAGAGGCCGGGAGGUUGGGCAGAGCUGGGCAGACUCCGGCUGGACAGAAACUCGGAGGGCUGCAGCUUCAGCCGGUGAACGGGAGCCCACCCUGGGUCCUUCCUGAUCCCACUAAGAUGACCUGGAAUUGCUAGUGCCCCGCCCCCGCCAGCCCCUGCCACAGGCCAAAAUCCUUCCUCCCUGGAUGAAGAUCACGUCAUCCUGGGACUGAAGGUCAUCCUGGGGCCGAGGCUGAUCCUGGGGCCGAGGCUGAUCCUGGAGCUGAGGCUGCCCUUGUUGGGCACGGCAUUGAGAUUGCUGGGCAUUUGGGAAGAUGGAAAACCAAGAGAAGAGACGCAGGGGAUGGACCUGAUGGGAAAAAGGGGAAGUGGGGCUUUGCCGGGGUCUGUGAAUUGUUUAAAAGCCCAGGGGGAAUUCCAGCACCAAAAAUGCAGCAGCUGGAGCCAGACCCACUCCUGGGUAUCAGGGAAAAAUGUCCUGUUGAGACAUUCAGGCCAGAUGCGGUGACUCACGCCUGUAAUCCCAGAACUUCGGGAUGCCGAGGCAGGGGCAUCACCUGAGGUCAGGAGUUUGAGACCAUCCUGGCCAACAUGGGGAAACAUUGUCUCUACUAAAAAUACAAAAAUUAGCUGGGCAUGGCAGCGUGUGCCUGUAAUCCCAGCUACUCGGGAGGCUGAAGUAGCAGAAUUGCUUGAACCCGGAAGGCAGAGGUUGCAGUGAGCCGAGAUUGUGCCACUGCACUCCAGCGUGAGCAACAGAGGGAAGCUCUGUCCUUAAAAAGAAAAAAGAAAAAAAAAAAAAAAAGACAUUUGCAGUCUGAAUCCAGCAAUCAGUGAAAAGAAAAUGCCCGGUGUGCUUACGGGGUGUUCUGGGAACAGCAGGUCCAGCGCUCAGACGUCUGUGGCCCCCUUGCAAUGCCUGCGUAUCUCUGCCUGUUGGCCCCCACAGCUGCCUGGACCCAGUUGCCUCUCACAUGGGGGCUUCGAAGUCCCUCUGGCCUUCCGGAAAGGUGGCGAGAGAUACCCAGGAGUUCAUUUUUCUUCCUGUUUUCAGCCUCUCUUGGCAGCGGCUGACAGGCCAGUCCACGUUAGAGGAGUGCUCGGACUCGGCGUGAUUUUUGGACUCUGGACGUUACAAAAGGAAGUGAGACGGCAGUUUGGGGCCAUGGUGGCCACCAUGUUCUGCUGGGUGACGGCCGUGCAGUUCCACCUGAUGUUCUACUGCACGCGGACACUGCCCAACGUGCUGGCCCUGCCCGUAGUCCUGCUGGCCCUGGCAGCCUGGCUGCGGCACGAGUGGGCCCGCUUCAUCUGGCUGUCAGCCUUCACCAUCAUCGUGUUCAGGGCGGAGCUGUGCCUGUUCCUGGGCCUCCUGCUGCUGCUGGCCUUGAGCAACCGAAAGAUUUCUGUAGUCAGAGCCCUUCGCCACGCCAUCCCGGCGGGGAUCCUCUGUUUAGGACUGACGGUUGCCGUGGACUCUUAUUUUUGGCGGCAGCUCACGUGGCCAGAAGGAAAGGUGUUUUGGUACAACACUGUCCUGAACAAAAGCGCCAACUGGGGGACCUCCCCACUGCUGUGGUACUUCUACUCAGCCCUGCCCCGCGGCCUGGGCUGCAGCCUGCUCUUCGUCCCCCUGGGCUUGGUGGACAGAAGGACGCACGCACUGACGGUGCUGGCACUGGGUUUCGUGGCGCUCUACUCCCUCCUGCCGCACAAGGAGCUACGCUUCAUCAUCUAUGCCUUCCCUGCUCUCAACAUCACAGCUGCCAGAGGCUGCUCCUACCUGCUGAAUAACUAUAAAAAGUCUUGGCUGUACAAAGCGGGGUCUCUGCUUGUGAUCGGACACCUCGUGGUGAAUGCCGCCUACUCAGCCACGGCCCUGUACGUGUCGCAUUUCAACUACCCGGGUGGCGUCGCGAUGCAGAGGCUGCACCAGCUGGUGCCCCCCCAGACAGACGUCCUUCUGCACAUUGACGUGGCAGCCGCCCAGACAGGCGUGUCUCGGUUUCUUGAAGUCAACAGUGCCUGGAGGUAUGACAAGAGGGAGGACGUGCAGCCGGGGGCGGGCAUGCUGGCGUACACACACAUCCUCAUGGAGGCGGCCCCUGGGCUCCUGGCCCUCUACAGGGACACACACUGGGUCCUGGCCAGCAUCGUGGGCACCACAGGUGUGAGUCUGAACCUGACCCAACUGCCCCCCUUCAACGUCCACCUGCAGACAAAACUGGUGCUUCUGGAGAGGCUCCCCCGGCCGUCCUGAGGGGGACCAAGCAGCCCCCAGCAGCCACAGGCCUUCCAGGAGCUGAGUGUUCUGGCACAAUUCCAGCACAAUUAUGACAAUUCAGACAAGCAAGUCAAAGGACUGUGCACCUGCCUCUCACAGACACCAGAGCAGGGCCAGGGCCUCCUCCACAGCCUCACCUGGGGCUCACAGCACCAGAGAACAAGGGGCCCAGGUCUUGUUGGCACCCCGGGAACCACUGCCCAGGGUGAUGGUGGCAUGCUCAGGGCUGGUGGGCGACAGUCAUCUGUCAUCCAGACCGGGUGCCAUUCAUGACUAAUGAGGAGCAGCGGGCUCACCUGGGCACCUGUCUGCCCAGAGGCCACGUGUGUCAUGGCGUGCCCACCCGGGGGGAGCAGUAGUUUGGCAGCACCCCACGCCUGCUGCCAGAGGGCCUCUUGGGGCACCUAAGACAGCACCCCCUCUCAGGGGAGACCAUGGUGGCCCCUGCCGCCCCCCUGACCUGCUGCCACCACUGCAACUUUUUUAUUCACAGGCAUCCCAUCUCCAUCACAGAUAAAAUUUUAGGAGAUAAACACAUUCAAAAAGGAAUGAGAGAAAAAGAGUAAGACAAUAAAUGUUGAUUGGAACCUCUCAAGA